GCAGCCACACACAAGUCGGCCAUAUUAGAGAGAUGGAAAUAAAGCUUCCUUAAUGUUGUAUAUGUCUUUGAAGUACCUCCGUGCAUUUUCUUUCUUAGCUUCUAACCAUUCCUCCCUUGUGGUCCUUGGUCCCUCAAUCACCCUCUCCCAUAGCCCACCCGCCUAACAUCACAGUCUCUGAAAAUGCACAGGGAUGCCUGGCUACCUCGCCCUGCCUUCAGUCUCACGGGGCUCAGUCUGUUUUUCACUUUGGUACCCCCAGGACGGAGCAUGGAAGUCACAGUCCCCACCACUCUCAGUGUCCUCAAUGGGUCCGAUACCCGCCUGCCCUGUACCUUCAACUCCUGCUACACCGUGAACCACAAACAGUUCUCUCUAAACUGGACUUACCAGGAAUGUAGCAAUUGCUCAGAGGAGAUGUUCCUCCAGUUCCGAAUGAAGAUCAUUAACCUGAAGCUGGAGCGGUUUGGAGACCGUGUAGAGUUCUCCGGGAACCCAAGUAAGUAUGACGUGUCGGUGACCCUGAAAAACGUGCAGCUGGAAGACGAAGGCAUCUACAACUGCUAUAUCACCAACCCCCCGGACCGCCACCGUGGCCAUGGCAAGAUCUACCUGCAGGUCCUUCUGGAAGUGCCCCCAGAGCGGGACUCCACGGUGGCGGUCAUUGUGGGUGCCUCAGUGGGGGGCUUCUUGGCUGUGGUCAUCUUGGUGCUGAUGGUGGUCAAGUGCGUGAGGAGGAAAAAGGAGCAGAAGCUGAGCACGGAUGACCUGAAGACUGAGGAGGAGGGCAAGACGGACGGUGAAGGCAACAUGGAAGACGGUGCCAAGUAACCGCAGCCCACCCCGACGCCCCUCCCUGUGUCCUGUGUCCUCUCGCUCUCUGCCCUGUACAGUGUGACCCUGCCUGCUCUCUCUUGGUGUGCUUCUCUCAAGCAGGACCCCAGAUCGACCUGGGGCCUCACUUCCCAUCCCCCCACCACCCAUACCAAGGGUGACCUCCCUCCCUUUCAUCCGGAAACUGCCUUGGUGUCUGAGAUAUGCGAGCCCUGGGGAAGCAGAGAAGGGUUCUAGCCUGUCAGUCUUUGCGGAAGAAAGACCAUGUGUGUGGUCCCAAAGAUGGGAAGGGGUGGGAGGGCAGUGGGAGAAGAGGCUGGUUGCCCAUCUUGUCUACGGUUUGGUCUGAUGGUGGUUUAAACUGUGGGGGUAGCAGUGUGUAUGUAUGCAGGGAGGGUGUCCUGUGCUGACCAGAGGCACCAUGGGAAUGACUCAUGGUGGCUUUGCUGUGUUCCUCUGGCUACUCCCAGCACAGAACAACCAUCAGGCUGGGGAUGAAGGUGGGGUCCUGCCAUUUGUGGGGCGCAUUUUUAAAAAUGUAUUUCAAGUCAAGUGCAUUUCGAGGGCGCUCAAGGAAAGCUGGGGCUGGGGCAUUCCUGGACACGAGCCUUGGCCCAGAGAACUUGGCUCUGGCCUCAUUUCCAUCACUAGCUGUUCCCAGGGAGACUCUGGUUCUCUGUUGACUACGGCUCUCUUGGGGAUACUGCAGAAGCAUUGCUGAAAAAGCAGCAUCAGGCAGGAUCAUGCCCCACGCUAGGGACCCCCAGCAGGAUCAUGUCCCACCCUAGGGACCCCCAGCAGGAUCAUACCCCACCCUAGGGACCCCCAGCAGGAUCAUACCCCACCCUAGGGACCCCCAGCAGGAUCAUACCCCACCCUAGGGACCCCCAGCAGGAUCAUGCCCUACCUUAGGGACCCCCCAGCAGGAUCAUGCCCCACCCUAAGGACCCCCAGCAGGAUUAUACCCACCCUAGGGACCCCCUAGCAGGAUCAUGCCCUACCUUAGGGACCCCCAGCAGGAUCAUGUACCAUCCUAGGGACCCCCCAUCAGGAUCAUACCCCCGCUACUGAUCCCCCAGCAGAAUCACGCCCCACCCUAGGGACCCUCAGCAGGAGACCUUUGUUGGAAUCUGCUAGGGGACCAAGGGGUGCUGGCUUCAUUACAAACACGUUUAGCUGCCUUCUCAAACAAGAUGAUCACCUAGGUCUCAGCCACUAGCAGCCAAGGCUCAGAACUCGUGUGUGUGUGUGUGUGUGUGUGUGUGUGUGUGUGUGUGUGUGUGUGUGUGUGUGUGUGUGUGUGUGUGUGUGUGUGUGUGUAGUGUGUGUGUAUAGAGAGCAACUUCCUUCAGGGCUUCAGUUGGGGGUUUUUAGUUGCCUUUGGCAGGGUUUCCAUCUGGUUUUUGGCAAGAAGAAAGAGAAGGCUGGAGGGCAAUGUGAGCAGACUCAAUAGAGCCUCUGAGCACUCACUGCCCCAGAACUCCCUUUGCAGGGGAGAGAGCUGCUCUUGUGCAAAGCCAACUUUCACUGCCGUUUUACUAUCAUUAUAAGGAACUUGUCUAAGUCUAGAGCCGGGGAGAAAGGUGGGGUAGAAACCGCUCACUGGAGAGCAUGGUGUUGGGAGAUGCCCAGAGCCUCCUACAGAUCAGGAGACUGAAGUGGCCAACAGAAGCUGAAGGAAGGUCUUGCCCAAUUCUGGCUCCCUGGUCCCCACUUAGAACAAACAGAGCUUCCUGGUAGGAGGACCUCAAGUCUAGAAGGUGUUUGUGUGUGGUGGUGGUGGGGUUCAUCUAGCCCCGCUCCGCUCCCAGGAAUUCAGCCCCUAUAAGCUCAGGGAGUUAGCUGUCCAGGGUAAGGAGUGAGUGUGGUGGAUACAGGACCAUGACAGUCUCAGGGACCAAUCCUUGCCUCUGCUUAUCAGAUAGCCAACUAGAAGACACAAUGAGAGCAGAUGGGAGGUUUCCUUUAAUUCACUUCCAUUCAACAACCAUUUCUUGAGCGUCUGCUCUAUGCCAGGCACUGUGCUGGGUGCCAGGAGAAUUACAAAGCCAUAACAGGGUUAGAGACUGCCAGAUCUGCACGGUAGGACCAAGAUUAAUAUUUUGGUGCAUCUACUUUUGCCUCUGUAGCCACUGCUUCCACAAGAGAGUCAGGGGAGAAGGAAGAAGGCUUUCGAAUGUGGAGCUUGGGAAAGUAAGAGGGUAAGGGAAGAGGGAAGGUACCACUGGGAGGGGUCAGGGAGGUUGAGCAUGGAGUAGGGGAUGGUUAUCCAACCAGAGAACUCCCAGUAAGGUGAAUCUAGCCCUUCUGAAAGUUCUAUACUCUUUGGCUCAGUACCUAACUGUCAGGCAACAUACCACCAAAGGGAAUAGGCUAAGCCACCAGGAUGCCUGGAGCAGGUAGGCACUGUUUAUCCUUCAAGCCAGCCAGCCAAGGGUGGAGAGAUGAGUGGUGGGCACUUCAAAGCAGCUGGAACCAGAGGUGGUGGUAUAUACUUCGGCCGCUUGGAACAGUGAGUUCUCAUCACCUUGCACAAUGCCCUCUUCUCUCAGGAUGCACUGACUUUGCUCACACUAGGUGGGCUACUUGUGAGAUCCCCUGAGGGUUGUUUUAAGAAGGUCUGUCUCUUUAAGAAGCUGGAGUCUCUUGGGGUCUUUUUCUUUUCUGCCCUGAUGGAGUGGGGUCCAGGGAGAGCAAGGGAGAACAAUGCUGUCUCUGGACCCCACAGGCUGGGCCAGGAGCUGUUUCUGCCCCAGGUGCUUGCCCUCACGUUCACUUUCUUCUGGAGCGGCUUUAGACCCUCCUCCAGGGCCUCUGGGCUGUGAGGUUGGGAACAAAGCCAGGCUUCUGUGAGGUGAGGUGGGAAACCGUGAGAUGUUUCCACCGGAGCCUUACUCGACCUUGCUUCCCAGCUUAUGCCUGCAAACUGCUCUCUCGCUGCUGCGUGGGCUCUGGGCUCCACUGCUGGCUGCAUGCUCCCACCACUGUGUUCUCAAUCACUCCUGCCUUUCCUGCCCUCCCAGAACCCCCGCCACACAUCCCAUCUGCCUCUUCCUCCUAAUUACGGGCCACUGCAAAGAAAGAUGGGCUGGCUAACCCAUGGGAUUUAGCUUAUGAGAACAAAGCACAAUUUUUCAGGACUGAAAAUGCCUUGAGGUGCCUUGGAACUGGCUUUGGAAAUAGCUCUCUGCCCCUCCGGCGAUGAACUCAUCAGUUAUUCCCAGUUUAUAAAAAAGGAAAAGCUGAUUGGGUCCACGUUUGCCUGCGAGUCUCCUUGGGAAAGCUGGGCUGCUAAAUAUUUACAAGAUCAGGUAAAGGAGGCAGACAGGUGGAAAUACCGGCCAGGUCCAAAGAAGUUAGUCCCAGGUCAUAGGAAUGGCUUGGUGCAGUUGGAACGGGUGAUAAACCAAGAAAACUUUCUUCCUACAUAUGUCUUAAGGAUAGACGGCCUUGCUGUGCCUCUUGCGGAUGUCUUCCUUUAUUGACGCUUGCUGAUGCGACUGUACAUAGCCUUUCUAUAUAGGUAUAGAUAUAUUAUAUAUGCAUAUAUAAAACAUCUCACUAUGCCCACCCCAAAAGUUACACUGUUGGGGCGAGGGCAUAACCACGUCUCAGUGUUUCCUAGUAGAUUCACCAAAGGUUCCUUAUGGAAUGUUCUUCAUGCUUUUGGGGGAGAGCCCAGCUGCAUAGCAAGCGCUUAUGCAUGUCUAGGUUCUACAUGCUGUUUGGCGGUUGGAAGGAGUGGUUGGGAGGGGAGAGAAGCUUAAACAAGUGGUCUUCUGAGACCUGACUGCUGGGAACAGGCUGAGUUUCUUUAGCGGUUUGUCUGGUUGCUUGGAUCUGUUGGCUGCAAUAAACACACUGUCUCCCCUGAA